UUUAACCGGGCUCCUACUCACACAGGUUAGCACAGAAGGAUGUAAACCUGAUGUCAGGGAUUGAUUUGGAUGAGGAUAAGAAAGACACAUCCUUCUUCCAGGAUCCCCUAAAGGAUUUCAUGAAGUCUCUGUCAGUCAACAAAAGAAGACCCGUCUACUGGAUCCUUGAUAACGAAGGAGUUUACUACGGCGAGCAAAACCCAGUAACUGGCUUCUUCGUGUGGGACAAAGUAGCCGUGUGUUCAUGUCCAGGAGUGCAAGGAGCCUUCGGAGGACCUGGAGGAGGAGAAACCUUCGGAGGACCUGGAGGAGGAGAAACCUUCGGAGGACGUGGAGGAGGGUGGGGUGGACCUGGAGGACCAGGAGGAUGGGGUGGACCUGGAGGACCAGGAGGAUGGGGUGGACCUGGAGGACCAGGAGGAUGGGGUGGACCUGGAGGACCAGGAGGAGGGGGGGGCCGGGGAGGACAGGAGGAUGGGGUGGACCUGGAGGCCAGGGGAUGGGGUGGGUGGGGCCCCAGGAGGGUGGAGGAUGCACAGCCCACCAGUGAGUUUUACAACGAUCCAUCCAUCCCGGAGGUCAAGUUGGACAAGUUCCAGUGUCACGGGGACGAGUCUGACCUUCUGAUGUGCACACACCGCUGGGACACUGACCAGUGUAAAGUCAAGGAGCUGGCCGGGGUCAAGGAUUACGAAGCUGCCUUUGGUCUGGCUGACAUCAAUGUUGCCAACCCUCACAUACCAUGA